AUGGGAAAGAAAAAGGGCGGCAAGAAGCAGCAGCAAAAGCCAGCUGAAGAAGACGAUUGGGAAGCCCUUUUGGAAGCUGAAGCCUCCAAGAAUGCUCCCGCUCCUGCACCUGCACCAGCAGCUGCUGAAGAACCAAAGGAUGAGCCAAAGGAUGAACCAAAGGAAGAAGAUGCUACAACUGCAGCUGCCAGUGAUGCUGCAGCUGCAUUUUUGGCAGCCCAAGGACUUGCUGGAGGAGAUGAAGGAGGAGGUGGUGGUGGAAAGAACAAGAAGAAGAAAAAGAAGAAGAAAGGAGGCGGUGCUGCUGCUGCUGCUGCUCCACAAGAAGAAAAGCUUUCAGCUCGUGGUAAAAUGGUCCAAGAACGCUUGCGCCAGCAACGAGAGGAAGAAGAGCGCAUCAAGGCUGCCGAAGAGGCCGAACGCUUGCGGAUUGAAGAAUUGGAACGCCAAGAGGCCGAGGAGGAGCGCAAAAAGGAAGAAGAGCGAGAACGCAAGCGACAAAAACAAAAGGAAAAGAUUGAACGACAAAAGAGAGAGGGUACUUAUAUGACUAAGGCUCAAAAGGCCAAGGCACGGUUGGCCGAACAAAGGCUACAAGCCAUGAGAGACGCUGGAAUGUUGCCUGUGGGAGAGGCACCCAAAAAGCGAAGUGUCUAUGACGAUCGUAAAAAGGGCAAAGAACAAGACGAAGAAGAAAGUCAACAACCAGAGCCUGAAGAACCCAAGGUGGAAGAAAAGGCACCCAAUCCAGAGCCAGAAGCCGAAAAGGAAGAAGAAAAGCCUGCUGAAGAUGAUGACGACGACGACGAUGAUUGGGAAAAGAUGGAUUCGUCCGGUGAUGAAUGGGAUGCUGACAGUGAUGGUGGUGACGACAAGUUUGCCGAUCUGGAAGCCCGUUUGGAAAAGGUUGUCUUGGAGGAUGAGGAUGUUGAUUUGAUUGAACUUGAAAAGAGGAAGGAACAAGAAAGAUUGAAGGAACUGGGCAAGAAGCGUGCCGAACAGGAGCGUAUCGAGGAAGAAAAACGCAAAAAGAUGAUGCUCGAACAGAAGGCUGCCGACGAGAAGAAAAUGAUGGCCGAACAAAAGCGUAACGAAGGAAGGCGGAAACGGGAAUUGCAAGAAAAGGUCAACUUGGAAGCACGGUCCCCCGACGAUUUGCGUUGUCCGAUUGUGGUCAUUAUGGGUCACGUCGAUACUGGAAAGACCAAAUUGCUGGAUAAGAUUAGAAAGACCAACGUCCAAGAAGGAGAAGCCGGAGGUAUCACACAACAAAUUGGUGCCACUUUCUUUGAAAAGAAGACAUUAGAGGCACAAACAGCCAAACUCAAUGUAACCGAAAAGUUUGAUUUCAAGGUUCCUGGUAUGCUUGUCAUUGAUACACCUGGUCACGAGUCCUUUACCAACCUUCGUUCUCGAGGUUCCUCUUUGUGCGAUGUCGCCAUUUUGGUUGUUGAUCUGAUGCACGGUUUGGAACAACAGACUAUUGAGUCCUUGACAAUGCUUCGCAAGCGUGGGGUUCCCUUUGUGAUUGCACUCAACAAGGUGGAUCGUUGUUAUGCUUGGAAGACUUGCAAGGAUACCCCCAUUCGGGAUGCAUUGAAGGAGCAAGAUGAGGGAACCGUUUCCGAGUUCCGAAGUCGUGCCACUGAUGCCAAGGUUCAACUUCAAGAACAAGGAGUCAACUCCAACAUUUACUGGGAAAUGGGCGAAGAUGACUGGAUGAACUCUGAUUUCGUUCCACUCAUCCCUACUUCGGCUGUUACUGGAGAGGGUGUUCAAGAUGUCUUGAUGUUGUUGUGUCAAAUGGCCCAACGAAAGAUCUGGAAGCAACUCAUGUGGUGCGCCAACUUGCAAUGUACUGUCUUGGAGGUCAAGGCCAUUGAUGGUUUGGGUAUGACGGUUGAUGUGUUGGUGGUCAAUGGACACUUGCGCGAGGGUGACAGGGCUGUCUUUUGUACAUUGAAUGGACCCAUCGUUACUGAAAUUCGUGGUUUGCUCACUCCUCCGCCAAGUCGGGAGAUGCGUGUCAAGUCUGAAUACAUUCAUCAUAAGGAAGUCAAGGGAGCCUUGGGUGUCAAGGUCAUUGGUAACAACCUCGAGAAGGUCAUGGCGGGUACACCUGUCAUGAUUGUUGGGCCCGAGGACGAGGAAGAGGAUAUCAAGUCCGAAGUCAUGGCUGAUUUGACCAAAUUGGAGGCCAAGCUCAGUACAGAUAAGUCUGGUGUCUUGGUGCAAGCAUCUACCCUUGGAGCCUUGGAAGCUCUGUUGCAAUUUCUUCGAGAAGAGACCAACCCUCCGAUUCCAGUCAGUGCCAUUGGUAUCGGUACUGUUCACAAGCGUGAUGUCACAAAGAUUUCCAUCAUGAACGAAAAGGGACAUCCAGAAUACGCUACCAUUUUGGCAUUCGAUGUGAGCAUUGAGCGGGAAGCACGAGAGCAUGCCCAAGAAAUGGGAGUCCGAAUCAUGACGGCCGAUAUCAUUUAUCACUUGUUUGAUCAAUUCACAAGAUUCAUGGACGAAUUGACUGCCAAACGACGAGAAGAUGCAGCUGCCAUUGCUGUCUUCCCAAGUAUCGUCAAGAUUCUUCCACAACACGUUUUUAACCAAAAGGAUCCAAUCAUUGUGGGUGUGGAAGUUGUGGAAGGAAUUCUGAAAGUGGGUACGCCUUUGUGUAUUCCUGCACUUGGCGGGCUCCUAAUUGGUAAGGUCAUUUCGAUUGAGAGCAAUGGACGCGAAAAAAACACAGCAAGGAAGGGAGAAUCGAUUGCCAUCAAGAUUCACAACGAGGGCAACCCCAACAUUACCUAUGGCCGACAGUUUGAUGCCACGCAUAACUUAUUCUCACAACUGAGUCGUGCAUCGAUUGAUGCAUUGAAGGCAAACUUCAAGGAUGCACUAGAAAACGAAGACUGGAGACUGGUAGUCAAGAUGAAGAAGGUCUUUGGUAUUCUAUAG